UCCCUCCCUCCCUCUCUCCUCCACCCCAUCCCUGUCUUCGCAUCAAAGUCGAGUGGCUGGUUUUAUUAUUAAAAGGGACGGGACAAAAUGCGGGGCUGUGCGAGCGGGAUUGCCAUGUAUUAACAGCAAAUGGGGCUGGGGGAAAUGGGAGAGAGAGAAAAGCAGCAGAUCCCGGUGACAUGUUAUGGCAGAAGCGGAGGCAACGACUCCCUACGAGGAAUACGAGUGCAAGAUUUGCUACAAUUAUUUUGACCUGGACCGCAGGGCGCCCAAGAUAUUGGAGUGUCUCCACACCUUCUGCGAGGAGUGCCUGACUACACUGCACGUUAGGGAGGAGCGGCCAUGGAGGAUUGCCUGCCCCAUUUGCCGACACAGGACGGCGGUGCCCGACUACAUGAUCCACAACCUGCCCAACAACACCAAGGUCACAGAGGCUUUCCCCCUGUACGUGGGCAACGACCCGCUACCACAGGACGCGCUGCCCCCGACGCCUCAGUUGCACCGAUACAACCAGCGGCAGCAGCAGCAGCAGCAACAGCAGCAGCAGCAGCAGCUACGGUCCAGCGCCGCUGAGCAGCCCGAGUUAGCCACCCCUUCGGCGGCCGCCAGCAGCCGCCACUCCCCGGGACCCUCGGCUCCCUACGAGAGCUGCCACAACUGCAAGAGAGCCGCCCUGACCGCCGGCUGCGUUUGCGUGGUCUUCUCGUUCCUCUCCAUGGUGGUGCUGCUCUUCACCGGCCUGAUAUUCGUCAACCACUACAACAGCUCUCCCUCGCCCGUCGGCCCCAUCUGCCUGUCUGUAGCCAGCAUCCUCGCCCUGUUCUCCGUCGUUGUCACAUGGGUCAUAUGCUGGCUCAAGUAUCGCCCCGACGCCAACGCGCAGGGAAACAUCAGGGCGCCCUCCUCCUCCUCCUCCUCUGCACCCAGGAGAAACACAUAGUCAAUAUACGGCUGGAGGCGAGGCGAGGCCGCACUAUCUCCCCCUCAUCCCCACCCCCAAAAAAAUGACCCUUCGAGGAACAAAGCCCCGUUUUAUCCCGACCAGCUGCAUGUCGAAGCCAGACAAGACGAGCCAGCACUGACACAACU